UCGGAACUCGGGGGUGUGAAUGAGUCUGGAGAGCUGGCCACAAACACUUCGGAUUUACCCUCAAAACGCCGUGCAGUAACCAGACAGACACCCACUCUUAAUGUUGAAAUUCCUCAGCAGCGUUUAUCAUCGAAAGUAACAAGGGAGCCUCUGCGGUUUUAGGAGAGACCGGGAAGUGGACUAACAAUGGACACAGGGAGCGCGUUUUACCGCUGAAUGCUCGCGGAAUUGGACUGAUGUUUUGCAAAGACUUCUGCUGCUGCUGCUGCUGCUGCUGCUGCACGGACCGGGCCUUGGAGGAGCCACAAAGUGACGAGGACAAAAGGAGAGCAAAAGAGGACGCAUGUGUGCAGAGAAUCGGUGCCCUAGAUCUGUACAACAUCUGAGUUACUCUGUCAUUCACCUCCUCUCUAGCUGUCUCAGGCAGUAGUUUCUUCACCCGUACCUGGAAAAACAAAGAGAAUGCGUUCAGAGGAACGAAAUCUCUGUGCGUAAAGGGAGACGCAUCGGUGCGUAUUUGCUGUACUUUUCCAACAUGCGUGCAAUAAAUCAUGCUUGUUUGCUGACUAACUUAUGCCCUGUUUCAUGACCCUGCUGGUAUAGAUGUAUUACAGUCUUCCUCAUUCUUCAUAUCUGUCAUGAGUUAUGGCGAUGCCUGCAGAAUCUGACAGCACCGGUGCGCAAAACAGUACUCGUGAAACCAUCAGCGCACCGGAACGCAAUGGUUAUGUGAAAACAUGUGUCAUCCCACUGUGCCGUGACCGAGAUUACGAGUCGUGGGUGAGGCUAAUGUUCACAAAAAUAUGGGGUUCCCAGAGAUUCCGAAGUGCGGUGUGUGCGGGAUCGCUCUCGGUUUUUCUCGCUCUGUUGGUCAAAUGUGCAGAUUGGAGCGCUGACAACACACUCCUGCAUUCAUCGUCUCCCCUUCACUUCGUCUCAGGCUGCGCGGCGGAGCUGUUGCAAACUUGCUGGAGUGUGCUUUCGCCAUUGUUCACCCUCGUAUGUGCCUUCUUUUGGGUCGGGGUCUACUUAAUCCGCUGCGGGGUUCUAAUCCAGACCGCCCUCUCCCUCUUAACCUUGUGCCACCUCGGAGAGGCAGCGGCGUGGUCUCUGCUGGACGGAACAGAUGAGCAGCUGCUUUCGUUCUCCACAGCAGCCGUGGUCGUGCUCGUCUGCGUGGCCACCGGCGCACUCAUGGUAGCGCGGCUGAAUCAGGGCAUAUCUGUUAUCGUUUUCAUCAGCCUAGUCAGGACUAUCUCACUCUUCUCGCUGCACAAAGUCCGGGCCACUUGGAGACCGUACGUGGCGUACCUGGUUGGAGUGCUGGGCAUCCUGCUGGCGAGGUAUGCUGACAAGCUCCUUCCCAACCAAGGGAGACACAAGGAGGGCUGCACCCCCGUGACUGGAGGCAGGGAAGAGGUCCCUGUAUUUAAAAGGCGCAGGAGGUCCAGUUCUGUGAUAGCCUCAGACAUGGCAAACAGUCAGUCCAACAGUAAGUCACAUCGCCGGACCUCUCUGCCAUGCAUCCAGAGGGACCAGAUGCUCCCCCGCUCGGAUUGGGACCACAAGAGAGGCUCCCGAGGAUCACAGUCGUCAGGCACCACUGUCAUGGUGGACAUAGCAGUGAUGGGAGAGGCCCACGGACUGAUCACAGACCUGCUGGCUGACCCUGCUCUGCCCCCCAACACCUGCACCUCACUGCGGGCCGUCAGCAAACUGCUCACCACGCAACUCACCUUCCAGCCGCUGCACCGGCCACGCCCUGCUCCCCUGCUCAACCCCAGCGAUGCCUACACCCUCUCUGACUCAGAGGAGGGACCUGAGAAAGGAGAGAAGACAUCCAUCCACAAGCGUCUGAGGCGGAGUCUCCACCCUGGCCUUCUCAGGAGGAUCUCCUCCACAUGGACCACCACCACCUCUGCCACAGGUCUGCCUACCAUCGAGCCAGGACCUGUCCGAAGGGACCGCAGUGCUAGCAUCAAACCGUACCAUGAAACACUCACCUGCAGCUGUGGGAGACCUUACAUCAAACUGAGCCAUGGGGAGGGCUCCAUGGACAAGGGAGACAGGAUACCACGGCCAGAGGACCAAGUGGUUGUGUCAUCAGACUAUGACAGCACCCACGAAGCCAACCACAGUGACAGCAGUGAUGUAGCCCAAACAGAGGAGGACGCAGAGGAGGGGAAAAACCCCGCCCAGAAUGUCAUCCUCCACCCACUAAUACCUCCGGAGGACAAACCCAUUCUGGCUCCAGAACCGUUAUUAAUGGAGGACUUAGAGCCCCUGAUGAGUCAGCUAAACAAUUGGAACUUCCCCAUCUUCACAAUGAUGGAGAAAACCAACGGGAAAUGUGGGCGCAUCCUCAGUCAGGUCGCCUACAGGCUCUUUGAAGACACUGGCCUGUUUGAAACCUUCAAAAUCCCAGUCAAAGAAUUCAUGAACUACUUCCAUGCCCUUGAAAACGGUUACAGAGACAUACCAUAUCACAACAGGGUCCACGCCACAGACGUUCUUCAUGCAGUGUGGUACCUCACAACGCAGGCUGUGCCGGGUCUGCCUAGCCUCAUAGCUGACCACAGCUCUGCCAGUGACUCAGGUGUGUCUGAUUGUACAGACUCUGACAGUGGAAUAACACACAGUCACAUGGGCUUCCUGGUUUCAAAGACCUACACUGUGUCAGAGGACGGUUACGGCUGCUUGUCAGGACUCAUACCGGCUCUGGAGCUAAUGGCCCUCUACGUGGCCGCUGCCAUGCACGACUACGACCACCCGGGCCGGACCAAUGCUUUCCUUGUGGCCACCAGCGCUCCACAGGCGGUGCUCUACAACGAUCGAUCCGUCCUGGAAAACCACCACGCUGCCUCAGCCUGGAACCUCUUCAUGUCCCGGACGGAGUUCAACUUCCUUGUUAAUUUGGACCACGUGGAAUUCAAGCGAUUUCGUUUCCUGGUCAUUGAGGCCAUACUCGCAACUGAUCUGAAGAAGCAUUUUGACUUCCUGGCAGAGUUCAAUGCCAAGGUGGGUGACGAUCCAUCCACGGGUAUUGAUUGGUCGAACGAGAACGACAGGUUGCUGGUGUGCCAGAUGUGCAUUAAACUGGCCGACAUCAAUGGGCCUCUGAAGUGUAAGGAGCUGCACCUGCAGUGGACAGAGGGCAUUGUCAACGAGUUCUAUGAGCAGGGAGAUGAGGAGUCCAGCCAAGGCCUUCCAAUCAGCCCUUUCAUGGACCGAGCAGCACCACAGCUGGCCAAACUCCAAGAGUCGUUCAUCACACAUAUCGUGGGACCGCUGUGCAAUUCCUACGACUCGGCCUUCCUCAUACCUGGACGAUGGGUGGAACCCAGCCCAGAUGCAGAGGAGCCGGACAUAACGGAGAACGAAGAGGAAGAGGAGGAGGACACUGCAGAGGAAGACGCAUCAACCUGCUCAGAAGCAUCACAGAAAGCAGCUCCCAAGAAGAGGAGGAGAGUCUUCUGCCAGAUCACGCAGCACCUGAUGGAGAACCACGAGAUGUGGAAGAAGGUGAUCGCGGAGGAGGCCUCGAAACCGGGCCAGGGAGCAGAGUCAGUCCAUUUAAACAAUGUAGCUGAGCCAAUCCUGGCUAUUCACGAGGAGGAGGAGGAGCCAGGCAGCAGAGAGGAGCUGGUGGAGGGAGAGGAUCCAGAGGAGGGACUGGAGGAACCAGAGUGGCCUGUGUCCCCGCAGGAAGACUCUGAACCCCCACAGGAACUAGAGAUGAGGACCCACAGUGAAAAGGCUCAUGGGAAAUAUGGAGUCGGUCAGGGCGAGGACGUGAAGACGUAUUUCUUGUUUUCUUAUCCUAUUAAAUGA